AUGAACUAUAGUAAAGCAUUGUGGGUAAUAAUAUCUGGAACAAACACAAAUGCAUCAGAAGAUGUUGUUUCUCACGAGUUGAAGCGAGCUCAUGAUCAACUCCAGAAUGGUCUGAAUCAUUUUAAGGAUCCUAAUAAAGAAUGUGAAGCAAAAUUCAAAACCCAGGUGUCUGAUUCAGUUUUCAAAUUUACUGUCAGACUCAAGAGAUUCUUGGGACUUGAUAUAAAUCAGGCAUGGGACUUCAUGUGUAACUAUCUUCUGUAUGAGUUCCGUGGCGCAGAAGAAGGACUACAAGAAUUUAUUGGAAGUGAAACAAGAACAACAGUAUUGUUGUCAGAUAUAUGGCUUUUCUACCGGAGUGAACGCCUGUUUCUCCUCAAGUGUAUAAAUGUUCUCUUAACAUUCCACAAUGACAAGGGACAUCCUUAUCAGCUGGAUAAACUGAUGAAUCUUGAUUAUCCAACUGCUGAUACACAUGGCACUUUGAUGUCAGAUCAGUUCCAGAACCUGUGGGUGAUGGCUGUGUUACGUGAAGAGCUGGAACUUGUACAGAACUUGCUGCUGUAUGUUGAUAGCUGUGAAUUACAGCUCAAAAGCUUCCUAAAGCUCUUCAAGAUAAUCUUGCAUCAUAACUUUGGUCACUAUCAUCUGUUUGGGGUGCUGCUCAAUGAAAGUCAUGCAGACAUCAUUCAGAAAAUUGGCAACAUGGAGGUCUUGCUUGUGCUGCGUGCAUUUGAAAUCCUAGGCACAAGUGGCAAGUUGUGGGAUGAGAGUCUGUAUGUGAAAUUAGAGGAGGUCAUUCUGCAGCUUGGGAGUCAGUCAGAACAUGGCCCCAUUAACAUGACUUGGAUGCUUGUCAACUUCUGUGGUCCAAAUGGCGAAGAAUUGUUUGAUAGCUAUCGGCGAUUUGGGGGGCUUGCUCUCAAAGCAGACUGCUUUGUGUACUUGGAACAGGUUCUUAGACACAAAAUGUUUAAGGAAUCAGCGAAGUUUUCUAACAUAGCAUUCAAAACUGUAUAUGAAAUGCUAUAUAUAAUCACAAGCAAGUUUGACCAGGAGAGACUGGAUGUUAUUGAUGGCAUUUACAACGUAACAGCAGCUGUUCUCAUGCAAGCCGACAACAUCGCGGAAUUCUUUGAGAAGCCUCACGACCAAGGACUUUACGUGCUUUUUCAAGGGGCAGCUCAACACUUUCCAGAGUACUUCACAGUCUUUUCAAGGAUCGUUGAAUGUUUGUCAGCUUGUGGACCCAAGUACAUCCGUGUCUUGAUGGAGUACCUAAGCUGCUUGCCUGCAUUCUCUGAGGUGCUAGAACCAAGAGUGCUAACUACUAACAUGCUUGAGAACCCACCGGGAGAAUGGCACUUAACCACGGCACAUCAACCCAUGAAACAUGUACCAUUCAUCAUUCAAUCAGGGACAAAGGGCAUUUUCAAUGAAGAAGAUCCAUCCAGCAUUGUUUGGAAAUGCAGAUUCAACUUCUUCUAUGCUGUGCAUCAUGAAAUGCUUUUACUUAUAUCACAGGUGCAGGCUGCUGUCGGUUCUAGCACACUAAAUAAUGUCAUAUCGUCGCUGAAGUGUUUAACAAAUCUUCUGAACUCAAAAUGUAAGAUAACAGAUGAAAUGAUAGGCCCUCUGGAGACAGUGUUUGUGUUGGCUGACAGAUUCUGCCAGUUGUCAAAUCCUCCAUCCGUACUUCUGGCAUCCUGUUUGGAUUGUAUGAUGGCACUGCUAGCCUUCUUCCCAGAAGAAGUGUGUACUCGUAUCUCCAAACUGCAGUUUCUUCCUGGUCUCUAUUACUACAACCCAACUCUGAUGGAAUGUAUCCGCGCUGAACAUAUCAACCUCUUCAUGUUGGGUACUCUGGUAGUUACACAGGAGCGGUCGUAUGGGACUUAUCCUCUGUUGAAAAGCUAUCUUAAGUUCAUACAUAAAUUGAUGAAGCCGGGAUCUGAGGUGGAGGACUUGAACAGCUCGUCUGCCGUCAUUGACGAAGAUGCGGUGCAGAGCCGAGUCCGUCUAGUGCUGCCCGGAGUGGUUUUCAUGCUGAGAGAUGUUUUCCCAAACUAUAUGUUUUGGCGUUACGUGGAUGAGGGGGAUCGAGAAAUCAUUGCACUGAACUGUAUGCAAAUGAUCCAUCAGUUGCUCAGUUUGGAUUUCUCCAAAGAAUCUUCUGCAGAUGCAAGUCACCCAAUCUGCAUUCUGUAUAGAGCAUGUUUGUACAGCCUUCUGUUCCUGGAUGCGGGGGCUGCAUUAUUGCGGAUUGUUGGAUCAGGUGACCACUACAUUCAGGCUCUCAUGGAGCAGCAAGUAAGCUGGGCAGCCGGACGUGGGUUGACGUUCAUUCGAGUGGUACAGCUGGCGUUAUCAGUUCUAAACAGACUUAUGAUCCUUAAGGACUCAGUCAAGGAAGAACAAAAUCCCUGCCCACUGGAACAAAGCAUCUACACACAGCCAUCUCAAAAACAUGGUUUGAAGAUUGUAUUGGUAGUGGCCAACUAUAUAUAUCAUUGUUUCAACCCCAAUCUCCCGCCUUUAGCCAUGAAACUUUUGAGGAGGUUUGCUGUGGAUAUGCCUAAGGCUCUUAUGUCCUGCAUGGGAAUGAAGCCAGAUGUUGUGCGCCACACGUUCAUCGCUCGUCUCAACUCAGAACUUGAAGGUCCUGCCCUCAAGGUUGCCCUCCUGGAGUUGGUGACGUCUUGUAUAGAGCAUCAGCCUGCACUUGCAGACACGUUUCUGAAUGUGCACCAUCCUGCUGAGUCAAAACGUAUGUUCCAGAAGAAACAGAAGAAGGACGAUACGCAAGGCGGUUGUCUUAUUUUCGCUUGCUCUGUCCUCAGCAGCAUUGAAGAGGAUCCUGAUUUGGUUACUGGUCCAUUGUAUCAGGCUGUGAUGAACCUAAUCCAUGCUCUCUGGAUUGGUCAAAAGGAAUUUGUGCUCAACUUCUUACGAAGCAGAAGUGACUUUUGGAAUGGUUUCUGCGCACCACUCUUCCAAAGUCCAAGCUGUAAUGUUCAAGGUUUUUCCCAGGUUUUUGAUAUUAUCAGCUUGGAAUUGUUUUGGUAUGAUGAAAAAGUUGAUCCAAAAUUAGAAGUAAAUUUGAGAAGAUUCUUUAAUGAGGGCAACUACCUUCAAGAAUGGUCUAAGUUUAUUGCAGAGUCAUUGUCUCAGAAGGGACAGCUAAUUGAGGCAGCUAGCGAAGAAAAAUAUUCACAGGUGAUAUCACUGUUGAAUGCCUGGAAAAAUUUCCUGACAGUCGCAAUGAAACACUUGCCAUUUGAGUUCGCUUCAAGACAUAAGUACUUCUUGGCUAAUGAUGCGCGUGAAGCGCUGAUUCAGGAAAUGGAGGACAUGGGAAACAUGAAACCAAUUGUUCUCCUAGCUGAGCUGUGUUUGAUACUCACUACUAAGUGGGGCAGGCACUCAAUAAAAUAUGAAAAGAACACACUCGUUCAGCUGCAUAAAAUCCUUUACCAUCUGUCGCUUUCCUACGACGCUUUUCAUAUUCGUGCCAAAGAAGCCAUCCUUGCGCUGGCAUUACGCCUGGUGCACCGGCUUUGUCCUGAAAUCCAGGAAGAUAGUAUCAUUGCAGACUGUCUAAUGCAAGCAAGCUGUCAGAUUGUGGGAAUCGAAAUAUACAAUUUACCGUGUAUUCCCAGCCUCGAUGAUAGAAUACACCAUGAAGAGUUAAAGAAGCAGAAACAAAAACAUGAAGAAAUGAAAGAUGAGAAGGGUGAAGAGAAGGUCCCUCGUGGCCACAUGACAUCCGUUCUGAGUCUGUGUCUGAUGCAGAAGUUACUUAACAUGCUGGCCUGGUGUAAGGGGUGGCAAGAUAACUUUCGAAAAUGUAAAGUCGUCAACAAGGUCCUUGCAGCUGCAGGACACAUCCUGCAGAUGCCCAAGGAGUUUAAUUUUGCUGUGACCUUGAUGAAUGUACUUCUCGUGCUCUCUCAGACUGAGUUUGCUGAGAUCAUGAUUCACUCAGGUGUAAUGCAGCACUUGUGGAUGCAACUUCUGCCGCCCGCAGUGCCAGGGGAAAGUACUGAGCAAGUUAAUUCAACCACAAGAUCAAAAUACUGGCCAGAACUGAACUGGCCUCAGGUGUACAAGCCUGCACUGGAAAUGCUUACCAUUCUGCUACAGUCAAAGAAACAUUUGUUUCUGGAUGAGAUGAUAACAUUCAUAGGAAUUCAUGAGGAACACGUCACUGCUUGCGUUAUGGACGUUCGUCACUCGCUGGACAAGUGGUCUUUGGAUCUGGCCGUGACGGCCCUCACGCUGAUUCGAGAACUCUCACAAUUCAAGGACAUGUGGAGACUUGCUCAUGAGAAGUCCAUGUUUGCCGUAGUGAAAGCUGUAAUGGUGUGUCUCAGUAGCUGUGUAUCAUAUUUGAUUCAUCCAAGAUUAUUGAAGAUCAUGGUUGAGAAACCACCGAUAGCUUCGACGCAACAUCUCAAAGCUAUGGUGAUGGAAGAUCCAGAUAUUUCACCACAUCUGAUCAAUAUUCAGAACAGGUUGUUGGAUAUAGUAUGCCUCUGCAUGGCUACCUUGAUGCCAUACACUCCCAGCGUCGUAAGUCUGCUCACGGACUUCAGAGAGUGUGAGGUGGAGUGGGAACCUCUCGUGAAGAUUACUUUUACGGAACCAGCGCUGAGCUUCAGCAGGCCUUCCCCGACUCUGUCGCAGGAAGUACUACCCUCUUUAACAUUUGGCUCGCUGAUUGCAUUUGCCAAUAUCUGCACUUCAGCUCUUGGCAAAACGAGUCGUACCCCUUCUCCAGGUGUAGGCAGAUAUGUAACAUGCCCAUUGACGGGUAGUGUGGCCGUAGCAUCAGGCUUGAGUGCAUUAUGGAUGUCGACCAUGGACAUGUAUCGCAUAACGACGGGACUCGAGCUCAGUCUGUCGCUGAUAGCAUCACAAGGCAUUAUGCAUCUCAUGGAUCAUCGAUUGUGUCAGUGGGAGAAGCAGCUUAUCAAGCGAGAAAUAGGAGCUGAAAUGGCCUUUUUCUUGGAAUAUGUGAAACGCAACCUGCGUAGCAUUCGAGAUGGCACAGAAAGCAGCCGCAGUUUCACCGGGGAAGGAUCGAGCUGGAACCAGUUUCUAGGGUCAGCAGCAGCAACGGCUCUCUCCAAGCGCUCUUACAGAUUUCGAAUUUCUGAACAAGACUGGCAAUCAGUGAAAGGUUCAGGAAAAUCUCAAGAACCACCGAAGGAAUUAAAUUCAACGAAGGAAGGAAAGAAUGUCAAUGUGGAGGCAAGUUCAGACCCAGCAGUCGAUCCUAAAUCAGUCCAUUCUGAUCAUAAUGUGAAAAAUCAACCUCAUUCCGAGUCUUCAAGAGGUUAUAUGUCGCAUUUGAAGUUGCAAUGA